AUGAAGUCAUUCGCUAUCUUGGCUGCGCUCCUCUCUCUUGCGGUAGCCGCUCCCACAGAUUCUUCCUUGGUUCUUCGUGGAGACAAAGCUUGCCCUGCUAUCCAGCCCAUCGCUCCCACUGGCCAACUUCCUCCUAAGGCACUUAGCCCGACCUUCCUCCAAGUAGUCUCCAAGAAAAAUCCCAACAAAGCCGUUCCGGCCGGACAAAAGGCCGAGGUCACACCUGGUGACAAGUGCACUCUGACCAGGUUUGACAUUCCCGCCUGGGCCAAGAACAAAACAUGCAGCCUUGUUCUCAUGCUCGGCGGAUGCGGCUCCAAGCAAUCGGAGAAAGGGCCCGGCAACAUCAUCUUCCAAGGCAACACCGGUGUUUCUUUCCCCGUCCCUGGCCAAACCACCUUCAACAACCAGCCGGUACUAGCUCCUCCAUUCAACGAUGCUCCUCAGAUCAAACUCGGCAAUGCCUACCGUCUUGGUGGUGGUCCAUGCGACUACAAAGAGGGCCAGGCUUUUGCUAGCGUUGGUGGAAGCAUUUGCAGCGACGACACUACCUUGAAGUUUGCUCAGGAUAACGGAGGCAACGGAGAGUGCCCUGUCGGAUUUCACAUUAUUAUUUCUUAA